CAUACUGCGCCCAAGUCAUAUUUAACUCGUGUCACUAUGCUCACCCAAAUAUUCAUUGUUUGUGCAAUAAUGGCUAGCAGCUCUUUGGCGUACCCAGGAGAUAUUGGUUACUCCGUUGGAGGACACGAAGGUUUUGAUGGACUACACGGUUCUAGUGGACACGACUUAGGGCUGACACUUCAAACUGCAGGAGGUGAUCACGAAGAACAUGCUGUAGACUAUUUUGCACCAGCUCACUAUUCCUUCAAUUAUGGAGUUGCUGAUCACAAAACCGGAGAUAUCAAGCACCAACACGAAACACGUGAAGGUGACGCUGUUAAAGGGGAGUAUUCAUUACACGAACCAGAUGGUACCAUUCGUACCGUCAAAUAUACUGCUGAUAAGCACAACGGAUUCAAUGCCCAUGUUAUCAGGGAAGGGCACGCAGUUCAUCCUCAGCAUAUUAGUCAUCAUGAAGUUCAUGGAGAUGACGGGCAUCAUUACUAAGGAGUUUCUAAUAUAACAUAAAGCUAUAAUGC